GUACAUCUAUACGUAGGUAUCAAUACAUGCGUUGGUGUGUGUGUGUGAGUGUGUGUGUGUGUGAGUGACGGAAUCUCCCCUGCGCGCACACACACCCGCUCCCGAGUCUCCAAGAAUCCACGCGGAGGAGGACAGAAGAAGAGGAGGCGGCCGUCCACGGGCUCUCACACUGCGGAAGGCGCGCGGAGCUGCCUGGAGAUCCCACCCCCCCUCCCCGCACCCCCCCCAAAUAUCGGCGGGUCCUUGCACCCGCAUGCACUCCGAGCACCGCCUCCCCCCGCGCUCGGAGUGGACGUUUGACUCCAUCGGGAGCAGCGGCGGGAGGGAUUCGGCGGCUGCCGAGCUCUCCGGGAGCUUUUUCGCUGCGGGUGCGCGCCGACACGACAGGUGGAUUAAGCCGAGCGGCGCGGUUCUCAUUUCUGAGCGGAGGAGCUUCUGCCGCGCCUGCCGUUUUCUCCCCCCGCUUGGUCCCCUCGGACGGAGGCGCGAUUGAUGGAUUAAUUUGACCGGGGCGGAGAGGGGGGGCGGGGGGGGAGACUCACCCCUUGGAGGCCACCCGAAUGGAGUAACAGGCUGCAAUGUCAUCUCCACCCGGCCGCCUGGAGAGAUGUGUCACGGGAAUGGGAUCAAGUUGAAAGACUUUGGCACCAGGAGGAGGAGGAGGAAGGAGGACGACGACGACGACGACGAGCCGGAGGAGGGGCGCCAUGGCCGGCCACGACGACGCCGACGCGCGGGGCAGGGAAGCGGCGGCGGCGGCGGCGCGCACGCUCACGGAGCCGCGAGACCAAGGCGCAAAACGCGCCUUGUGACAGCCGAGGGGACGAUGCGGGCGCUGUUGUGGAUGCUGCUCCUACUGUCGCGGUGGGCAUCUCUUGCCGCGUCCAGAAGCCCCCGGGCUCAGCGUGGGCGUGGUGAUGGGCCAGACCGAGCGGUCCCGGACCAGGAGCUGCGUCCCCCGCGCAGCCCCGACGACGCCCUGGACGUAUCGGUGGUGCCCUUGAGGAUCAACCAGACCGACCCCAAGUCUGUCAUCACACAGGUAUGCGAGCUGCUGUCUCGUUCUCGCCUCCACGGCAUCGUCUUCGCCGACGGCACCGACCAGGAGGCCAUCGCGCAGAUUCUCGACUUCCUGUCCGUCCAGACCCAACUUCCUGUGCUGGGCGUGCACGGAGGCUCCUCCAUGAUCAUGGCCGACAAGGACGAGAAGUCGACCUUCUUCCAGUUCGGUGCCGCCCUGCAACAGGAGGCCCUCCUCAUGCUGGCCAUCAUGGAGGAGUACGACUGGCACGUCUUCUCCAUCGUCACCUCCAAGUUCCCCGGCUACCAGGACUUCAUCGGCACCCUCAGGGUCACCGUGGACCACAGCUUUGUGCGCUGGGACCUGCAGAGCGUGGUGACUCUGGACGCCGUGGACGGAGACCCCAACUCCAAGUCUCACAUCGCCCUCAAGAGGAUCCAGAGUCCCGUCAUCCUGCUCUACUGCUCCAAGGACGAGGCCGUCUACAUCCUGGAGGAGGCGCGCUCGUUGGGCCUGAUCGGAGCCGGUUACAUCUGGAUUGUGUCCAGUCUCACCACGGGAAACCCAGACUUCACCCCCGAGGCCUUUCCCCUGGGCAUGAUCUCGGUGUCCUACGAUGAUUGGGAGUACCCGCUGGAGACGCGGAUGCGGGACGGCGUGGGCAUCAUCUCAUCGGCGGCCACCGCCAUGCUGCGAGAGAAGGGCGAGCUGCCCGAAGCGCAGGGCGGCUGCUACAGCACGCCGUCGGACCGCAGCCCGGGCAAGCUGCCGCCCAGCGCCCUGCGCAGACACAUGAUGCACGUGUGGAACGAGGGCAGAGAUUUGUCCUUCACGCCCGACGGUUACCAGGCCAACCCCAAGCUGGUGGUCAUCGUCUUGAACAGCGACAGAACGUGGGAGAAGAUGGGUCGCUGGGAGAACGGCACGCUGUCGCUGAUGUUCCCCGUGUGGCCGCGCUACAACUCGCACGGCGACGAGGACGCCGACGAGAACCACCUGUCCAUCGUCACGCUGGAGGAGAAGCCCUUCGUCAUCGUGGACAACGUGGACAUCCUCACGGGGACCUGCAUGAGGAAUUCCGUGCCCUGUCGCAAACACGUCAAAGAUAACAGCACGUCGGGGGGCUCGUACAUCAAGCAGUGCUGCAAGGGCUUCUGCAUCGACAUCCUCAAGAAGAUCGCCCGCAACGUGAAGUUCACCUACGACCUCUACCUGGUCACCAACGGCAAGCACGGCAAGAAGAUCAACAACGUGUGGAAUGGAAUGGUAGGAGAGGUGGUGUACAAGAAAGCCGCCAUGGCCGUGGGCUCCCUGACCAUCAACGAGGAGAGGUCGGAGGUCAUCGACUUUUCCGUGCCCUUCGUGGAGACGGGCAUCAGCGUCAUGGUGUCGCGCAGCAACGGCACCGUCUCGCCGUCGGCCUUCCUCGAGCCCUUCAGCGCGUCCGUCUGGGUGAUGAUGUUUGUGAUGCUGCUCAUCGUCACGGCCAUCGCCGUCUUCCUUUUCGAGUUUGUCUCUCCGCUGGGCUUCAACCGCAACUUGGCCCAAGGCAAAGACCCCCACGGUCCGUCGUUCACCAUCGGCAAGGCCGUGUGGCUGCUGUGGGGUCUGGUGUUCAACAACUCGGUGCCGGUGCAGAACCCCAAAGGCACCACCAGCAAGUUCAUCGUGUCGGUGUGGGCUUUCUUCGCCGUCAUCUUCCUGGCCUCGUACACGGCCAACCUGGCCGCCUUCAUGAUCCAGGAGGAGUUUGUGGACCAGGUCACCGGACUCUCGGACAAGAAGUUUCAGAGUCCCUACUCGUAUUCGCCGCCCUUCCGCUUCGGCACGGUUCCCAACGGCAGCACGGAGCGCAACAUCCGCAAGAACUACCCGGACAUGCACCAGUACAUGACCAAGUACCAUCAGACCGGAGUGCAGGACGCCCUGGUCAGCCUCAAGACCGGCAAGCUGGACGCGUUCAUCUACGACGCGGCGGUGCUCAACUACAUGGCGGGCCGAGACGACGGCUGCAAGCUGGUGACCAUCGGCAGCGGCUACAUCUUCGCCACCACCGGCUACGGCAUCGCGCUGCAGAAGGGCUCCUACUGGAAGAGGCUGGUGGACCUGGCCAUCCUCGGCAUCAUCGGCGACGGCGAAAUGGAGGAGCUGGAGGCACAGUGGCUGACGGGCAUCUGCCACAACGAGAAGAACGAGGUCAUGUCCAGCCAGCUGGACGUGGACAACAUGGCGGGCGUCUUCUACAUGCUGGCCACGGCCAUGGGCCUGUCCGUCCUCACCUUCGUCUCCGAGCAUCUCUUCUACUGGCGUCUGCGCUACUGCUUCACCGGCGUCUGCUCGGGACGCCCCGGCCUGCUCUUCACCAUCAGCAGGGGCAUCUGGAGCUGCAUCCACGGCGUUCACAUCGACAUGAAGAAGAAGGCGCCCGAGCUGGACUUCAGCCCCCAGGCCAACAUGCUGCACCUGCUCAAGUCGGCCAAGUCCAUCGCCAUGUCGUCGUCGCCCAAACGCAACACGGUGCUGCUGCAGCCCAGCAUCCUCGACGUCAUGACGGGAAAAGGUAACUCGCUGCACAGCCUCACUCCGAAGGGUCCCGGUCUCUAUAGCAACGCCGGCGGGCCGCAGGCCUUCCUCUCUCUGGCCGGGCGCCACAAGAACCUCCUGAACAACGCGGCGCCUUUCCCGGCCCCGCAGAAGCCGCCGACGCUCAAGGCCGGCCUCGGCGACAAGCCGCAGCUCUCGGUCGGCGACGACAACGGCAAGGCCCGGCCCGGGCCCGCGGGACCGCCGUCCAAGCCCCGAGCCCUUUGGAAAAAAAGCGUGGAGACCCUCAAGACUCAGCCCGGCGGGGUGGCGCCGGGCGGCGGCGGCAACCCCGGCUCCACCGCGGGCGUCCCCCCGGCGAUGAAGAGCCAGCGCUAUCUGCCCCAAGAGCCGGCGCCGCCCCCGCCCCACUCGGACAUCUCGGAGUGCUCCAGCCGCCCCGCGUCCCACAAAGACUCUGACUCCGUGCCGACCAGGGGCGGCUUCAAAUCCAUGACCCAGCUGAGGAAGCGGGGCGGCGGCCCCAAGAUCUACUCGGUGGACUCGGACCAGGCCAGCCUGCAGUCGGCGCCUCCCUACCGGCGCGACAGCCAGGGAGGCGGCGACGAGCAGCCGUACCCGCCCGACCUGUUCCCGCCCGACGGAACCUACCCGCACAAGGGGGACGCGCCCAUCAUGCAGCUGAGCGCCUCCUUGCUGCACCACAGCCACAGCGCCGAGGCCGACCUGCACUCCAUGAAGGACAAGAAGUACAGCACCUACGCGCACAGCAGCGCCAAGGACAAGUCGAGCGGAUCCUCGGAGGUUCCCGGUUCGGCGGCGGGCUCUCAGGGCGGGCGUCCGGGCCACUGCCGGUCCUGCCUGAGCAAGCUGAGCGGCUACUCGGGUCUGUACACGGUGCGGCCCCCGCAGGCCCGCUGCGACGCCUGCGCCCACCUGGGCAACCUGUACGACAUCAGCGAGGACCACCUGAACUACUGGCGGCCGAGCGACAUGUUUGCCCACUUCCUGCCCCAAAGCCAGCUGGGCGCGGCGGGCGAGGGCGAGGACCUGGUCAGCCACUUUGAGCCGGCCGGGCCCCGCUCGCCGUCGGCCCUGACCCCCGGCUCCUCGCCGGCGGCGCGGCAUUUGCAGCUGAGUCGCCAGCACUCGUACGAGAAGGCGCUUCCGGACGCCGUCUCCCCGCUGCGGGGCCUGAGCCUCCCCGACCGGGAGCGGGAGAUGGAGACGGCCUCGGACGAGGGCGCCUACGCCAACGUGCUGACCAUGCGCUCCGACCGCCCCUUCAGCGGCCGCGGCCCGCCUUCGCCGUCGCCCUCCAGCCACCGCAGCUCGGACGCCCCCCUGCCCCAGCCCCGCCGCUCCAAGAGCCUCUUCCCCGACCGACCCUCGCACAACCCCUUCCUGCAGUCGGCCGCCCGCCUCGGCGCCCAGACCGCCGUGCGGCCGCUCUACAAGCGGCGCCUGCCGCUCUCGCUGGCCCCGGCCGAUCACCACCUGGACCCGCAGGCCUUCUACCCCCAACCGGAGCCCCCCGCGGUGGCCUACAUGGCGCCGCCCGCCGCCGCCCAGCCCGUGAGCUACGUGACGGCGCCGCGAGCUUCCAGCGCCGGCGGCAACCGGCCCCGCCUCUACCGACGCAUGCCCAGCAUCGAGUCUGAUGUGUGAGACCGGCCGCCUCCCGUCGCUCACUCCGAGGGGCGAACCCCCCCCCCCCCGCCCCUCCCUUUUUUUCUCGUAUCAGCACGCAUGGGGCCGCCGCGCAGGGAUCAAACUUACAAAUGGACUGGACGGUGGGUGGCCGCUCCGUGUUCCCGAGAGAGACUGUUUGAGAAUGUUGAUGUCAGCCAAUUGAACAUUCCAAACAAAGUCAAUCGUUUGGGUGGUGGUGGGGGUCAAGGGGGGGCGGGGGGUUGCUUUCAGGUUAAGGUGUGCUCCAUAAGGUAAAGAGAUGGACGUACACACACACACACACACACACACAAAGCUCUCUCUCUCUCUCUCUCUCUUUCUCUCUCUCUCUCUCGCUAUAUAGCAUUUAGCAUCCUAGCUUCCUUCCUGUCUUCGCUCGGAGCCUUCAGGUCACACACUUGCAUGCUUCCUUAAAUGAACGGCGCUGCGCGACGCUCACACACGCGCGCGUUCGCGAGCGCGUGUGUUGAUGCGGUGAGCUAGCCUAGCCGUUGUGCACUUUGUACAUUUUCUAACUCGCCACCAAACACGAACCAAAAAACAAAAAAAAAAGAACACAAACCCUUUUUGAUACUCGCACAAUUCGCCGGAUUCGAUGUUUGCUCUCUUUGCUUUCUUUUUCCUUUUGGAGCCGCGGCGGCAAGUGUGAGCUCACAAGUUCCUUCCGUGCGGCUUCCUUCUUGGACAUGCUAGCGAGUGUGCGCGGGCCCGCUCGAGCGACGGGUGAGCCGUGCUUUCUCAAGUUUUUUUUCGCCCCCCCCCCCCCACCCCACAUCUUUCUUUCCACACAAGUCGCAGAGGAAGGUCCCGGACGAUGAAGGCACACAGAAGCCACAUGGAUUCAGGAACAAAAAUUCAACACUGUGUCGACACGUGGGUGGUUCACACACACACACACACAUACACACACACAAGCUGUGUCCCAAUCGAGGAUGAAAUAAGUGUACGCGGUCGACUGAGGUCGUGUUAAAAAAUAAAAAAAAGGCGAAUAAAGAAAAAAAGCCUUCACUUUCAAAUGUGUUUUUCGGAGGCUACAUUUGAUGUCAGCAUCCUUCUUCAACUGCAGCCUGUGAAGGAAGUAUUUGAAGGAGCCCGGGGGAUGGUGUGAUGUCACCUACCUCCAAAUUUGUCCGUCAGAGGUUGUGCAGCCAUCUUGCGUGUGGCGUUAUGGUGUCAUGGGCCGUUCAAAGGUGGCAAGCGUGAUGUUUCGAAGGCGUAGGUGGUGUGCGGCGUUACCACGCCGUUGGCCUUCAAGGGCAGCCUUCUUCCACUCAGGCUCAGUGUGAUUGGACUUAAAUGUGGCGUACGAAGCAUGUAUUUGAAGGAGGGCGUGAUUUGGGACGACAUCAUAUGUGUCCUUCGCAGGCUUUGCUGAAAUUUGGAAGAGCCUUCCAUUGGGCCUUCCUCCAAUGAGCAUGUCGACGUGGCACCAUGACGAUGCCUUUAAACGCACCUGCGAUUCGGGGCAACCUUUUGGGUGCUGCGAUGACACACGCCGCGUUUGACCCGGGGCAACCUUCACUGGUCACCGCUGCGUUAAAAUGCCUUCAAGUGCAGCCUUCUUUUAAUUAGGACAACCUACGGAUGCCAUCGUCUGCCUUCGAAUGAGUCCUCAAUUGGGACGCAGCCACAGGACCGGAACUUGCAGACACAACGCAAACUGAGGUUGAAUGAUUUUGAAUGAGGGAACUAUUUGCCCCCCCCCCCCCGGUCCAAACCCUCAUCCGCCCACACGCACAUGCCCCCCCCCUCCCCCAACAGCCUCGUGUGAGUAAUAUGCACAAUAUCAGGUUGCAAUAUGAUUGAUGUACAGGCGUUUUGUUGUUGUCGUUUUUUUGCUUUGGUUUGGUCGGAUGGGGACGGCGUCCAACCACAACUUGCUCUUCUGAUGAUGAUAAACUGGCAUGUUUUCCAUUCUCGUCCGAGCGUUUUCUUUUUUUUUUUUUCCUUUCUUUCUUUCCUCUCUUUUGGAUUCCUGCUGUGAUGUCAGCGGUCGCCGGGCACCCGGGAAUCAAUGAGGAGUGAGCGGCUCCGAAAGCCCGGCCGGCCGCCCACCCGCUUCGCUUCUCUUUCACGACCACUCUGCGCUGUUUCACCUCCUUUUGCACCACGCCGGCGUUUAUAUAAGACAAUGGAUGAAUUUGCUGUGUGCGUGCGUGCGUGCGUGCGUGUAUGCGCUUACUUUCCUGUUCUCUUCUUUCCUUUAUCCCACUGGUAACAUUUGACCCCACUCAUGUAACACAACACAUGCACUACAUUGUGUGUGUGUGUGUGUGUGUGUGCGUUGUACCAUCACUGGAGAUUUGUACACAUUUUUUUUCUCCCAACUUGCAUGACUGUGCUUGUGUUUUUGGUGGUUUCUUUUUUUUUUUUUUUCUUACCAGAACACACACUCACACACAUUCCGUGCUUGUGUGUGUGCGUGUGUGUGUGCGUGCGCUGUUGUUCUCACCUGUGUAUAAGUUCAGGGGUUUCUAAGCUACUGGUUGUGUUGUACAUAAGGCUUGUCACACGGUACUUCUGUACAAUGUGUAAAUAAGUAAAGGUGACAUUUUUCUA